CCAACCCACAAAAGAAAGAAUGUGUUCUCCCCCCUGCGGGAGCCGCGGCUGAUGUGGGACACGGUAACUUUCCGUGGUGUGGGCACUCAGGGUGGCCAUGCUGAGAGCGGAGGGGGUUGGUGUUGGCAGCGGCGGGAGGCGGCUCCUGGUCUGUGGGAGCGGGCGGUGAGAGUGUGUGUGAACCCAGAGCCAGAGCUACAUCCAGGCCGAGUUUUAACAGCGGCAGCAGCAGCUUGUGAGUGAGUGGCCGCUGCUCUCUCAGCCCCCGCUUUGUCCCCAUGAGAGCAGCUCCCGGCCCUUAGACUCGGUGAAAAUGCUUGGCUGAAGGCGGAGUCGCAUCCUCCUCCGUCCACCACUUCUCGAUUCAUCGCCCAAAGAUAUUCCCCCCUUUUAUCUCUCAAUUAGAUACGAAGACAAGAAACCAGUCAAUGUGGUUCAUCCUUCCAAGGAUGUUGUUUCUCCGUCGGCUGCGGUUAGGAGAAUAGAUCCAGCCACUCUUCUUUGGGGACGAGGUCUGACAGAUUCUUUUUAAGUUUGGUUGAAAUUACUCUUGCUACAUGUGUGUGAAUUUGGACAUAAGCUGAGCAAUGAAGAAAUCUGGAACGUAUAUCCGGAACAAAAAGAAAGCUUCCAAACAGCAUGUGCGGGAUGAACAAACUGAGGGAAAUAAAGUUAAACCUGCGUUGGAUCAGGGACGAAGUAAUGAAUCAAAGAAAGAAAAGGCAGAGCUUUCUGGAUCUUCUCCAUUGUUCUUCAGGAAAUUAAGUAAUCCUGACCUCUCCUGUUCAUCUGGAAAAGUCUCAAAACUCCAGCAUCAAUUUGGUGAUGAAGAUGGUAAACUUCGAAGAGGGAGCUUUGGCUGUGUACUGGGAGGUGAAGAAUUGACAUAUUCUUAA